AUGAAAAUAUGUUCAAUCAUCAUUCAAAACAAGAGAGGGCAAAAUAUCUUUGUUGUCUCAUCCAACGAUUAUUCUCAUGAAUUGUCAUUGCAACAUUCUAAGGAUAUUUACAAUUACAUUCUGAGUCAAAUUAAGGCAGGGAAAAAGAUUGACAGAUCUAUUGUUUUAGAUUCAAAUUAUGUUUGUAUUUGCAAUGUAAAUAAAGAUGCAAUAUUUUUAGUUAUUGUACAACGAAAUGAAUUAUUCUUGGGAUAUGAGGCUAUCAAAAAAUUGGCCGAAUUCUAUGCCACCUACUAUAAGUAAGAAAUCACUACCAGGAAGUACUAAGAGAUGCUGCUCUUAUUGGAAGAAUUCUUAUACACUAAAGAAUUUUUACCUCAAAAAUUAUAAUUUAAUUUAACUGUUAAAGCCCCUGCCUCCUCAAGAUGCAUUGCAGACUGCGAUCAUCUUUAAAAGUUUUCAUCACUCUAAGCCACAAUUGAAAAAAAUCUAAUUGCUAACAUACCUCUAAAGUAUGCAAAGAAAUAAUAGAUUAUCGAAAAAGAAAUAGAUAUCAUCAACAUAUUUAUUAAGCCUUUAACCAAUCUAGAUGAAUACAAGCCAAACCAAGAAGAACUUCAAUGGAAACAAAAAUAAAAAAAGAGUCUCUACGAUUGUGCCUUCAAAAUGAAGAGCAAGCAAGUUCACAAAGAAAAUAUCUUUCAAAAAUAUAAGCCAUAAAAACCGAAUACCCAGUAUAAAUAACAUACUUAAAAAUCGGCUUAAUUGGUAAAUCAAUAUAAGGGCAUAAGCAGUUCAGAUAUAUAAAUAAUGAAGCUUAAUUUUUAAAGUUAGAUGCAAAAGGCUGGUGGACAACAGGAUCAUUCUAAUUAAUAGAGCAAAUAAUAAUCCUUAAAACCAAUCUAGCAGUAGCACAGCAGACAGAUAAAUUUACUAUUAGAUUAUGGUGAAGGCUUUACAACUGUUGAACCCCCUAAAAGUUAGAUUUAAUAAGUCUAAAAUUCCAAUGAGGAAUAACCAAGAACUAAUCCUAUUUAAGUAAAACCAAAGUAACAACAAAAUGCAAAUGACCUCUUGGAUUUAGAUGAUAGACCGAAUCAUUAAGUGCAACCCCAGAUUCAAUCAACAGCUGGUCCUGAUUUAUCGUUUUUAAGUUUAUCUCCAGUCAAAUAAAAUGAACCUUGCUUGAAAAUGCUGGAGAAAAUGGUUAUUGCUCAGAAGGAUGGAAGAUUAAAAGAAUUAAAAAUAUUUGGACAGAUAGCUUUGGAUGGAGAUUUCACUUUUGAUGAUUAAUCCAACCUUUAACUUUUGGGCCAAUAUUGGUAAGAUACAUAUGGAUGUUAAAGAAGGAUAACACCGAAUUCUUUGGAUUUGCAAUUGUUGAAUGAGAAUAGUUAUAAAAUGAUAAUAAAAAAUGCAAGUUACAAAACACCCAAAGGCAUCAUUGAUUACAUAAUCCCAACCAAAGCAUUUACUUAAUAAAGGAUUCCAGUUAUAUUUUUGUAUAGGUUGGAAUGUGUAUAAUCCUUUGCCAGUUAUUGUCUUCAAUAUAAGGUGAAUGAUUAAUGGCAGGUUCCAUUGCAAGAUAUCGUUAUUGAAGUGAAUCUAGAGAAAGAUGUAGAAUUUGAUGACUUAAAAACAAUCCCAGUAGCUCAAAAUAUCAACGAUAAGUAGAUAACUUGGAAAGCCAAACAAUUGUUGCAACAGUAGAAAGGCAAAUUGAUAUUGAAUCUCACAGGCAUUAAGAAGUCAGGGUCGUAAAUACUAAAUCACAUCAGAAUCAGUUUGAAGGCUAAUACAUCUGUCAUUGAGAAUAUGGAUAGCAUUAUGUUUUACAAUAGCUAAGAAUACAAAUGCCAGAAAAAGCUAAGUGUUGAGUACAAAAUAUAUCCGAAUUCUUGA